AUGAAACAAUUCCAACAAGGACUCAUUGAGGUUGAAAUCGAAGCUGAAAAUCUUCUGUUAGCACGGCACGAGUUAGUUGAAAUUGACCGAGUGAGGAAUGGGAACAGGGAAUCUCUAACAGCUUUAAGAAAGAGGGCUAGGACGACUAAAACCGGUAUCCCUUUGCCUUUUGAGUCGAUAAUGAGGGAUGUGGAUUCAAGGCCACUUGUCAAAGAGUUAUGUGCAACUUGUGGUGAUCAUGAUUCUAGGGAGAAGACAUUGUUAAUGUUCCCUGGGACUGACCUGUUUGCGAGCAUACCCUUUCAUGCUGCACAUACUAUUUUAGAGAAAGUGUUUAGAACAUGUCAAUCGAAGUUUGCAAGGGACAACAGGUCUUACUCGAAGCAUUCGCUCUUGCUUCUCCAGUUUAGAUCUUGA